UCAUCGCUUUUUAUAGAGAGAGAGAGAGAGAGGGGAAGAUUCGGUAAUAGCGGCUUACGGGUACGCUUAGGCUUCAGAGAGAUCCUCAAAAACUCCAAAAAUCUUUCUUGUUUUUUAAUUUUGUAAAUCAUUUUCAAUUUUCCUCCGAUUAAAUCGUUUAGGGGAUUUGAACGUUUCGUUAACCUUAAGUCGAAUCUAGGUUUAGGGUUUGGUAAAGGGGUGUGAGUGUUUUAGUGGGUGUAAACUUGUUUAGCGGCCUACAGGCACGCUUGCUGUUUUUUUUUUUUUCUGUUUUUCUUUGCUGAAGCCAUGGCGUCCACUAUGGUGAUCAAGGUUAAGUCUGGGAAUUCACUUAGGCGCUUCAAUGUUCCUGUUAAUGAAAAUGAUCAACUGGAUCUUGACAUGGAUGGACUGAGGGCAAAAAUUUUGAGCCUCUUUAGCUUUCCGUCUGAUGCUGAUAUUACUCUGACAUAUGUCGAUGAAGAUGGAGAUGUUGUUACACUGGUUGAUGAUGAUGAUCUGCGGGAUGCGAUGCAGCAGCAGUUGAAAUUCUUGAGGAUUGAUGUGCUGUUGAACAAUGAGAAAGGUGGUAAAUCCUAUGCUAGAUCAAGUGGAAGUUCUACGCCCUCAAGGUCUCCUCGAGCCCAGCAUCCACUGCCAAACAUCAACUCUGCUGCUGCUGAAGUAUUGAAAUGUCUCCCUGAGCCACUUCGUGAAUCACUUGUGAAGCUCUCUUUGGACUUGGCUUCAAAAGCUACAUCUUCUUCCAGUCCAAUCUUUUCUGAGCUUGUAGAUUGCUUGUCCAAGAUGGGAAUAUCUUAUAUGAAUUCAGAUUUGAGGCCUCAGUUUGGUGGAGAUGGUCAGAGUAGGGAUUCUGAGAUCCGCAUGGGUCAAUCAGUUCCUGCAGCUGCAGGGUCAAAUGCUUCCAAGCCUGAUGUCAGAGCAGAAGUCUUGGGCCAGUCUACUUCUCUAGAAUCAAGUUCCAAUGUCAAUCGGGGGGUGGAUGUUCAGAAUGUUACUAGAGCUGUUGGGGCAACAGUUAACCCUGUUGCUGCUCCUGUGGAUCUAAAUAUUCCUGUGGAUUCUAAUCCACCUUGCCCUAAAAAUGAGAAUUCUACACCAGUUGACUCAUCUUUUUGUGUCGGUGAUAAAAGGAAGGAGGCAAAGCAGGUGAAGGUUAAUGCUCUUGGGAAAUCCAUUGGUUGUGGUGGUUCCUCAAGUUUUCAUGGCCCCCAGCUAUAUAGCCCAGUUUCUUCACAGACUAAUCCUUUUACUGAAUGUCCAUUUUUGGGGAUGCCCAUGUUGAAUGAUCCAGCUGCACCUCCUAGUACAGGUCGAAGAAUCCAUCCUUUUAAAAGGAAUCACACUGAUGCAAUGGGUGGAAUUUUCCAUAGAGGUGUUAGAUGUGAUGGUUGUGGUGUUCAUCCUAUAACUGGACCUCGGUUCAAGUCCAAAGUGAAAGAAGAUUAUGACCUUUGCAGUAUCUGCUUCUCAGAGAUGGGUAACGAGGCCGAUUAUAUCAGACUAGACCAUCCCUUGACUUCCAGGCAUUUACGGUUGUUCAAGGGAUUGCGUGAGCAAGAGCAUGCUCCAUUUACUUUCCCCCCAGUAUUACAUCAUCUCUCAAGAGAUGGUGCGACUAAGACUUGUCGACCUAAGCUUGACAGUCGAUUUGUUUUGGAUGUUAAUGUGAUGGAUGGAACCAUGAUGGGUCCAUCUACCCCAUUUACCAAAAUAUGGCGGAUGCGGAACAAUGGAAGCUUAGUGUGGCCCCAGGGAACACAACUUGUGUGGAUCGGCGGAGACAGGCUUUGUAAUGCUACUUCAGUUGAGAUUGAGAUUCCUGCUAGUGGUGUACCUGUGGACAGUGAACUUGACAUUGCAGUUGAUUUUACUGCUCCUGAAUCACCUGGUCGAUACACCUCUUACUGGAGGAUGUCAUCUCCAUCUGGUCAAAAAUUUGGGCAACGUGUUUGGGUGCUUAUCCAGGUUGAUACCUAUGUGAAUGAUUUGUUAUCGGAGAGCUCUCAGGGUUUGAACCUGAAUCUGCCCCCUAAGACAAGUGAAUCUAUUGGCCCAGAAAUUAUGGAUGUAAAUGUUAAUCCAGAGGUUGAUGGUGACUUACUUAAGCCAAGCAGCUCUAACUCAGUUAUGGAACCUGCAAUUUCUACCUAUAAUGCACACAGAGACAGUGAACAGGAGAUGCAUCUCCCUACAGAUGAAAGCUUACAUGUUGCUCGUGGUGCUUCACCUUCUCCCCUCAUUGAUACUUCUUCACCUGUUUCAUAUCCAGUCGUUGACUCCUCGGGGCCUGCCUUAUUCUCCGAAGUAGCCCCAUCAGCAACUGUUGUUGCCUCUCCAACACCAACUACUGUUGUCAAUAUGACACCCUUACCGGAAGAGACCAAUCCAAGUACAGCUGUGGAGGAGAGCCUCCUUAAAGAACUGGAAGAGAUGGGGUUUAAGCAGGUUGAUUUGAACAAGGAGGUAUUGCGUAUGAAUGAAUACAACCUACAGCAGUCUGUGGAUCAUCUCUGUGGUGUUGCUGAUUGGGAUCCAAUCCUUGAGGAGUUGCAGGAAAUGGGUUUCGCUGAUACUGAAAUGAAUAAGAGGCUGCUGGUGAAGAACAACGGGAGCCUCAAGCGGGUAGUCAUGGAUCUUAUUUCUGGUCAGGAGUAGAGGAAGUGGUAUACGAAGAAAACCUAUCAGGUUAACAUAGUAUAUAUAUAAUACUCUGUAGAAAUAAUUGCAGUGGCAAAUCAGAUUGUGAGGUGGCAGUGCUCUGGUUUGGUAUCUAAAUUGGCUUUUGAAAUCGUGUUUUGGGUUUUAGAUUUGGACCGUGUUUUGGUAACUUUUUAUAUGGCAGUAUGUUUAGUAUUAGUAUUUGAACUAUAAAAAUUCUGGAAUAUAUAUAUAUAUAUAUAUAUAUAUAUAUAUA